GCCGGCACGUGGUGCGGACGUCCUUCCCGUGUGAAACACAUGAAACAUGGCUGCGCUCUUGAGAUCAGCACGGUUAUUAAAGUUUUCGCCUUCGGGCUUGCUUCAGGUCGCAGGGACCAAAAGAAGCGGGCCGCCGCUCAGCCGGCUGUACAGCGGAGCUCCCGUCGGCAGCGGGACCGGACUGUUGACCCGACACAUCAGCCCGGCUCCGCACAACGCGUCCAGUCGUGUGUUGCCGUAUGCCGUGCAGUGUGUGCGUAACUGUGCUGUGGCCAGAGAGCAGAAGGAUGAUGUCAGCAUGUUGGUGCGGUCCAAGCAGGCCCAGGAGUUCGACGAGGCUCUGACCAAGCUGGACAACUCUGUGAGGAGAACCGGUCGCAUAACCAAGACCCUGCUCCUCAAAGUUUUCGAUGAUACCUGCAGAGCAGAUCAUCCCAGUGCUAGCCAGGCCUUGUUGCUGCUGCGUAGCUGUGGGUCCCUGCUGCCGGAGUUGCCCCUGGCAGAGCGCACUGAGCUGGCACACAGUAUAUGGGGAAAGCUGCAGGAGUUGGGUGCACCAUAUGAUAUUAGUCACUACAACGCCUUGCUGAAGGUUUACCUGCAAAAUGAGUUCAAGUUCUCCCCCAUUGACUUCCUGGCCAAGAUGGAAGCCGCUAACGUUAAGCCCAACAGAGUUACCUACCAGAGACUAAUAGCAGCCUACUGCCAAUAUGGAGAUAUUGAGGGAGCCAGCACCAUUUUGGGUGUCAUGAAGAGCAAAGAUUUACCCAUCACUGAGGCAGUUUUCAGCUCCCUGAUUAUAGGCCAUGCUCGCGGAGGGGACAUCAACAGUGCUAAGAACAUCCUAAAUGUGAUGGGUGAAACAGGAAUCUCACCUAGUCCUGAUACUUAUGUAUCACUGCUUAACGCCUACGCUGAGACGGGAGAUAUGAAAAGUCUGAAAGAGACUCUGGAGAAAACAGACAGUUCAGGCUGCACUCUGAUGGACAGGGACAUCCUGCAGAUCAUCUACACUCUGGCCAAGGCCGGACACCAUCAGUUUGUCCCGGAGAUGAUUAAACGCUUGAGGCUUGAGAGGGGUUAUAUUCCAGAUGCCAUGAACAUGUGUCUGAACCUCACCACCCAAGGCAUGGACAACACAGCCUUUACCAUCCUGGAGACUUUCCGCACAGUGCAGUUAAAUAGCUACGACACUACCCAGCCCAGCUGCGGCAACUUCUUUAUCAGGCACUGUGUCAACAUCGACAUGCCAUUGGAGAAGGUGACCUACUACUGCAAAGAGCUCCAGGAGUCAAAUAUGCAUGAUACACCAUUAAACUUCGCUCUGUCCUGUGUGCUGGAAAACAAGAAGACUGGUAUGGCUAUAGAGCUGAUGAAGAUAAUGAAGAAGCAAGACUUACCCAUAAGGCCUCACUACUUUUGGCCCCUACUUACUCAGCAUUUGAAAGACGUGAACACAGCUGGUGUGGAUGAGGUGUUGAAGGGCAUGCGCGAGCUCGGGGUGGACCCUGAUGUCAAGACUCUAAACAGCUACGUCCUCCCUGUCUUCUCCAACAUAGAAGACGCUCAACAGGCCCUCAAGACUGCAGGUGUGUUUGUGAAUGAGGAAAUCCUUUUGGCAUCCAAGAUUGAAAAACUGGCUCAUGAGAACCUGGCUGAAGUCUACACCCUGAUGUCGGAUACCUCCAGCACCUCGUUUGACUGGACUCUUGUCCGCAGCAGUCUCAUCAAGGCCUUCAAAAAUCCCUCCAUCACAGAAGCGUUGGACAUGCUGAAGGAGAUUAAAGAGAAGGAGAUGACAAAACAUGAGAUGCACAGCACCUCGUUAUUUCACUUGCUCAACAGCAUCGCGUUGAAGGGCGACAUGUCCACCGUCCAACAGCUGCAGGACACCAUCUUCGCCCUCGGACUGGCUAAGCCCUCCAUCAACCUGUGCUCACCUCUGAUUACUGCCUACCUGCAGAGGAAGGACCUGGCCGGAGCUCUGGAAGCAAUGGAGACGAUUCACAAGCGCUUUGGCUUCCUGCCCCGCAUGCAAGAUGUCACUGUUACUCUGGUGGAGAUGGGAAACACCGAACUACUGCAGAAAGCCAUGGACUUUCUGUCCGAGAAACGAGGAGAGAUGACCAUGCUGUAUAGUCUGUUCUUUGCAUUCCUGCAGACCGAGCACUACUAUGAGGCUCGUAAGGUCAUUGAGGUAAGCACAUGCAUAUUAAGGAACUACACCGGGCUGAGGGCACGGGCGCUGAAAACGCCUGCAGUGGUAUGCAGAGAAAUGCAUUUCUCGAAGCCAGAGGAGACAAACGACUGGAAAAAGGCACAAGAGGUGUGGUCAAAGAUGGAGGAGGAGAACGUCACUCCCAAAGAAAGGACCCUGCAUAUGCUGGCAGACAUCCUGAAGAGUAAUGGCCAGGAGGUGCCGUUUGAGAUCAAUGAGACCUGGUACAAAGAAGCUGGUGACAAAGAGGUUAAUCCAGCAACCGCACAUGCAUCUAUUUCUAAUGCUGAAUUCCAAGACAGUCUGGUUAACCUCUGUAAAAAAGGCCAAGGCAAAGAAGCCUUUGAGUUGCUGAAGGAUGCCAAUGAAAAAAAUGUGUCAUUAAAAGCUGUCUCUUACGACCACGUGAUCCGUUCCCUGUUGGCCAAGGGAUUCUUGGAGGAGGCCCUGACAGUCAUAGACAUUGCUAUGUCUAAUGUGCCAGGCUUCAUCGUGAAAGAAAUGGCCAACAAUUUGCUCAUCGUCACAUACAGCAAGCAAGGCAGGGCUAAAGAGGCCUUUGAGAAACUGAAGUCUAUGCUGGAGAUGAAACAGUCGCCCUCGCAGCUUGCCAUCACCAGACUGCUUCAGGCCUAUGGAAACCAGGGCGAUGUGGCGGGUGUCCAGGAAUUGCAGUCAUUGUUAAAUGACAGCAGUCUAGCUAAGAUGUUGUUUGUCAACAACACAGCCCUGGCACACAUCAGGAAUGGCAAUGUGGAGUCAGCAGUGGAGUUGUUGGAGGAAGUCUUCACUAAUCCAGACAACCAAAACGCCGGUACAAGCUUUGUCUUCAGAAAAGUGUUGGAAGAAAACAAUGACAAAGCCUUAGACAAGUUGAGUGCUAUGGCAGAGCGGCUAGCCAACCAGUUUGACUGCUACAAACCAGCUGUAGACCUCUUCUACCAGCUGCUGGAUAUGGACAAAGUCGAGGACGCCAAGUUCAUGCUGGCUUCAAAGUGUCAAGUUUGUGAGUUUAAACUUCACUGCUGUGACCCAGGCUACACUGGCGUGCUACUUUUUGUCCCCCAUCACAUCGCCUGCCCCUCAGAUCCGCUCUUCCAGGGUCACUGGAGGGAGUCCUUUAGGUUUUACACAGAGAAGCUGAAAGCCCAAGCAAGCAAGGAAUAA